UGCAUGUGUGCAACUGGGAUUUAGUUUUCUGCGAGCGCGUGGUGAUGGGCGGGGACGAUUGUUUUUUUCCAGCUCUUUCCCGGCUAGACGCGGUGUCCACUCCCACCGCAGCCCCGCCCCCCGGGGCGUGCAGGCCGCCCCGCGCCCGGCGCCCGGCGCUCGGCGCUCGGGUGGGAGCCACGUGUUUGCUGCCCGAUCUCCCUCGCGUCGGCUGCUCCAGCCCGGCUUAGCCCCGCCCGGUCCUCACUCCCACAGCCCAUGAGCGGGAGCGGCUGCGGAGCACUGCAGCCGGCAGGCGGCAGGUAGGUAGAUGCAGCCUCCUGCACCACGGCUGCUCAUUCAUUCAUUUGACAGACCCUGGACAAGCGGCUUCGUUUUCCCACCAGAAAACAGACAUAAUCCUACCUUCUGCGGAGUUGAAGGUGAGGGAUCCGAGAGACCGAUGGAAUGAAGAAAUUGCACGAGCCUGGGCGACGUGCUGGCGUCGCCAGUAACCUCAAGACUCAGGGAGGCGAAUCUCUAGGAGUUACAGGCCAGCGUGGUCCCAGCACCCCGCCAACCCCCAAAUUUAGCAUACCUGGGCCGCAGAAAGCACCGAACCAAGCAGCGUUGUUCCCGAUUCCGAAAACGUUAGGUAGCUGGAGGACGCCAAUAGCAGUGCCCACCGGGGCUGCGGGACUCGAACCUUGGGUCUUGCCUAGUGCAAAAGGAAAUGCUGCCCACGAUCCGGCGGCGCCUCCCGCCGCGAGUGUACUCCCAGGCGCAGAUCCUCACCCGGGCCUCGGCCGAGUGUGGAGCAAGGAGACCAGACCGAGAGCUCUGUCCAGUCCGGGACGCCCCGCUCUGUCGGGCUUUCCAUUCCCUAGCCUAGCUGGGUAAAUUCCGCCCUGUCGCUUUAAGGAGUCUCUGGCCACGGAGCGGCUGAAAGCCCUGCUGCGGCCCUCUGAUUGGGCGGGGCGCCGCUGAUGUCAUCGCGGCUAUAAAAGGGCUCGUGGACGGAGCCGGGCAGAGCUUCUAAGCCACCGGCGCUGGGAGUGUUGGUACGUCUUCUGCGUGCUCAGCCGUUGCUCAGAGUCCCCGUAUCCCCCGCCGUCGAGCGCCAUGGAGGUGCAGAAGGAGGCGCAGCGCAUCAUGACCUUGUCGGUGUGGAAAAUGUACCACUCGCGAAUGCAGCGCGGCGGCCUACGUCUGCACCGGAGCCUGCAGCUGUCGCUGGUCAUGCGCAGCGCCCGGGAACUCUACCUUGCGGCCAAAGUGGAGGCGCUGGAGCUCGAGGCGCCAUCACCGCCCGCACCCUGCCCCCAGGACCCGCGCCUGCACCAGGCGCGAGAAGCGGAAGUGCCCGCCGCGUGUCCGCCCCCCGACGGGGAGCCGCCGGAGCCCAUGGACGCGCAGGAGGCGGCGGAGGAGGCGGCGGCACCCCCCAGAGCCGCUGAGCUGCCUGCCCGUUGCUCCCUGCGUCCCGCAAGAGUCGGCCGCAAGCGGCGCAGUAGCAGCAACCCAAGCGACGGCGUGGACGCCGGCCUGGCCCCCAGCAAGAAGGCCCGCCUGGAAGAGCAGGAGGCGUCGGCGGAGCCGCCCGGCCGCCUGCCGCCCGCGUCCGCGCCGGCGGAGGGCGCCUUCCCCAACCUGGCGCGCGUCCUGCAGCGGAGCUUCUCUGGGCUGCUCAGCCGCGGGCCGGCCGCCGCCCCGACGGCGCCCCCCGCGCGCGACGCCACGCCGGCCUGCCGCGCGGCGGACCCGGUACUGCGCGUGCUCGUGCGCACCGUGGUGGCCUUCUGAGCGCUGGGACGCGGCCGGAGCCAGAGCGCGCGCUGAGCCGGCGGCCCGAGCGCGCAACCGAGGCGUCGCGCCCGCCCCGAGUUAACCGAGCCGGCGGGAGGCCAAGAGGAGCCAGGCGGCUGCCCGGGCGCGUAAGGCGGAGAGAACCGGGAUUGGCGCGGCCAGGAUGGGGCGCGGGUGCUUCCCGCGAGCUCCGCGGCGCCCAGAGGUGCCUGUGUGCGGACUGGACCCGGGCCCCGGCGUCUCCUGCGAGGGAGCGUGUCGACUCGGUCCUGCAAUCUCAGGGUCGGACUUGGUUUUUUUUUAAUUGUUUUUAAUCGAGUGCUGGGCGCCCUCCCAGCCACGAAGAGGCCAGGGCACUCCCGGCCCCUCGCUGACAUACUUGUGCAAGCGGUCACCGUUGCGUCAUGGGGCCGGGGCGGGGAGCUUCCUGUCGCCCAGCGUGGGUGUGGGGCCGGGAGGAGGCUCCGGGGCGUGGACGCCCCCGGAAAUGGGAGGAGUGCGACCUGAGUCACUCGGCCAGUCUCUGCUCUGCUGCCCUGCGAGCCCAGCGAGUUUCAGAUGCGGGAUUUUCUUUAAUUUCCUCAAGUGUUUGCGUUAGGAGGUGGCGCGGUGGCCCUAGAACAGAGCGUAGCCUCCCUCGGACACACGGACUCGCAGCCCCGCUGCACCUGGGAGGCCGGUCUACCUUCCCACAGUGGGCACCGCGCACCUGGCGUCGCGUUGUGACUGUCACUGCCGGGACAAUAAAGACCAUCGCGGUGAAAA